UUCCCCCUUUAUAUACCCCCCAAAUCCUGCCCAUUUCUCAAUCAAAACUUCCUCUUUAAGUUCUUUCUACUUUCUUGCUAGCUGUACAGUUUUGACCGUAAUCAAGUUAUCCUACCGAUGGCUCGUACCAAGCAAACAGCUAGGAAAUCAACCGGUGGCAAAGCUCCACGUAAGCAGCUAGCUACAAAGGCUGCUCGCAAAUCAGCUCCGGCAACCGGAGGAGUGAAGAAGCCUCACCGUUUCAGGCCAGGAACUGUUGCGCUGAGAGAAAUCAGGAAGUACCAGAAGAGCACUGAACUUUUGAUCAGGAAGCUUCCGUUCCAGAGGCUGGUGAGAGAAAUCGCUCAGGAUUUCAAGACUGACUUGAGGUUCCAAAGCAGCGCUGUCGCCGCUCUUCAAGAAGCUGCUGAGGCUUAUCUCGUCGGUCUGUUUGAGGAUACUAAUCUCUGUGCCAUUCAUGCUAAGAGGGUUACCAUCAUGCCUAAGGAUAUUCAGCUUGCUAGGAGGAUCAGAGGAGAGAGAGCUUAGAUUGUUUGUUUUUAGUUGAUUAAUGUCUAAAAUUAGUGGAAAUCUGAGGUUUUGGUAUCAUUUGUGGAAUUUGCUUUCUGAGCAAAUGUUGAUGUAAAUCGGUGGAAUUUUAAUGGAUGCUUUAUAUUUUCGUUGAUUAAAAAUUGGCCUUUGCUUUGCUUUGAUUACUCUGUUAUUUGUUCGGAUAUAUGUUUUUUUAAACUGAUUCAUCCAUUUAAAUUUGGAUGCCUAAAGGAAAGCGAAUCUUUGGAUAAAAACUCCAAAAUUGUUGAUUUACAUGUUUUUUGGCUGCUUUUAAGAGAUCAGAUCUGGUUGGGGUUCUCAGAUCAGUUCUUUUGAUUGGUUAUAGGCCAAUUCCAGUCCAGUCUUUGAAUACUGCCCGUCAAACAUCUCUUUCUCAAAUUAGGGAUAAGAAUUUACAACAUGAAGUCGGGAAGUAACAAAG